AUGAUAAAACUUAAAAUUAUUAUUUAUGCAAUUUUAAUUGGAUAAUUAACUGCACAACAAUGUGGAUAAGGAUGCUAAACUUGUAGUACUGGUUAAAUGCCUAUUUGUAUUUAUUGUGAAUAGGGUUAUCAACUUAACAAUGGUGUUUGUAUAUAUUAAGGUUGCUCCCCUAGUCUUUAUCUUUAAAUAAAUGAAAAGGAUGAAGAUAGCUCUGUUGAAAGUUGCUCAUCUAUUUGCAAUCCACUAUUUAACGCAGAUGAAUAAACAAAUACUUGUAAAAAAUUAGUUUAAUGUUCUUCAAUUCACUCAACUUAGCCUAACUUCUUUAAUCCUGGUAUUCCAACAGAUUUUUUUAUAUACCAAUAAUCUUAUUAUGUGACUUUUUAAUAAGGAUACCUCUCAAUAUAUGACAGAGUAUCAUUAGGUUUGAUAAAAAAUCUUAGCUAUGAUUAAGAUGAUUUAACUAUCUUAAGUGUAAAAAGUUAAAUAUUUGUUAUGAAAAAAGACUUUUCAAUAAAUGUUUGGGAUAUAAAAAAUGAGUCUAGAUAUGUUAUAGACUAACAUAAUAUUAUCUUAAUUAGCUUACAAACGGAAUUUAUUUCUUUUUUAGACACCUACUUGAUGGUAUAUGAAAUUCAAUAGCAAUCAACUUUAAUUUAAAUAAUUUAUGAUUUUGUUUCUUCAAAUCAAAUUAUUUCUAAUCCUAUUCAAAUCAAUCAACCUUUUUAAUUCCAUCAAGUUAUAAAUAAUUAUUUAUUCCUAGGUGACUAAACAAAUUUAAUUGUUUAUCAAAUAAAUUUUUAAGAGGAAAAAGUUAAUUUAAAUUUUACCCAACUGAUGACCUUUUCUUUUUUAAAUAAAAGAAAUAUGCUUUCAAUAAUUCCGUCAACGAAUUCAAAUAUAUAUUUUCUAAUUUUUACGAACUCAAUAUCAAUAAUUGAUAUUAGCGAAUAAACCUAUUCUUCCUUAAUUUCAUUAACCUCAAUUAAAAAAGUAAAAUUCAUUCAGCUUGAUAAUACAUCUAACAGUCAACAUUUAGUCAUUCUAAAUUAACAAAAUCUGAUUGAUUACAAUAUUAUCUCUAAAGAAUAAAAUAUUAUUUUAAGCGAAGUAUAAGUUAUCACAGAUUUUGAUAUUGGGAACUUUUCAGGGAAUAAUAAUUAGCUUCUUAUUCUUUCUAACUAAUCAACGCUAGAACUCUACAAUAUUGAUGACAAUAUUUAUGAAUAAAUUUAAAAAAUUACUUUGAAAUUUUAAAGCAAAUCACUGAAAAAAAUACCUAUUUCUUAUAAUACAUAGUAAUAGGAGUAUAUAGCAAAUUUCGAAAUCGCAUUCUUUUCUUCUACUUCAAUUUAAAUUAUUAGAGAGAGUAGUAUCUAAAAGUAAUUUUUAGAAACAACAAUUAUUGAAAACUAUAAUCUUCCUUUUCCCACUCCUACUUCGCAAGUAAAUUCCCUUACAUAUGUUUACUCUCCAUAGAUUUUAAUCUCUUGCCACCAAAACGGAGAUAUAAUCUUCUAUGAUGCAUCAAGGUAAAGCAAUAUUAAUCUUAUUUAAAAAUUGAGUUUUGAUAACUAAGAAUGUACUUAGUUAUAAAGAUUCUCUGAUAACAAAAUAGCAGCAUUAGUUGGUUAAAACUUAUUACUAAUUGAUCCAUCUUAAUAAAUAAUUAUAAAUUAAUUAGUUAAUUUAGUAAGCAUUGUCCAAAUAACUUCAAAUUAAGAUAAAUUAGCAAUAAACUAUAAUAACUGCGUUUAAAUAAUUUCUUCAGAAUUUGUUAGUCUUUUUUUUGAAUGUUAAACUGAUUUUUCAAGUAAUAAUUUAAAUAUAGCUCUCAAUUAUGAUUUGAAAAUCUACUUACAAAAACAAAAUUAAAUAUCAGUUUACUAAAUUGAUCUACAAAAAAACAACACUUAAUUACUAUAUUCAAUAUCUACAACAUAUCCUAUUCAGCAUUUUAGCACAGUUUCAAUAUUUGAAACAGAUUAAGAUACAAUAUUAAAUAGUUAUUUUAUUGACGAGAUUAUAUAUUUUGAUACUUAAAGUAACUUUAAUACUUGCACGACAACUCUAUAAAUUACUUACACUAUAUAAGUAAGCUUAAUAAAUGAACUUAUUUCUGUGAAAAGAGUAAUUAAUGAUGCUUCUGUAUACUUUUUAGCAGGAUAUUAACCAAGUUAAGGAAUGUAUAGAAUUUUCUUGGUUUCAAAAAGUUUAGCAAGUUAUAUUUAAUUUUCUACUAUCCCUUAUCUACCUGUUAUAGACUAUCCUAAGAAAAUUGUGAAUGGAUAUGGAACUGUACUCUACACUAUUAAUAGAUCAAUUAUAUUAAGCUUUUUUACUCUAUUUAAAGAUUAUUAAAUUGAUAUAAACAAAAAUAUUACAUAUAUUACUGGUCAUGAAUAUCUUAAUAAUGAUAAAUAAUCAGCAUCUUAAAAUAAUAUGAUUGGACCUCCUUUAAAUUUCAUGAGCUACAUUGGUACUAAUUCAGGUUUGAUUUAUACUGCUAAAAUAUAAAAAGACAGAUAUAUUGAGAUCCCAACAUUUUAAGUACUAUCAAUCAGCUAAGUGAAUGAUUAAAUACUUGAAAUUAUUUAAAGUGCACAUCUAGGAAUUACAUAAACUAUCUACUAAAUUGACUAUACUUUGUCAGGAUUUGAAUAUGAAUCACAGCUGAAUGAACCUAAUAAUUUUCAAACAUCUAUUCCAAUAAAUAAUAAUACUUUAGAAUUUUUGUUUUUCAAUAGUGACAAUAUUAUGUUCAGAUAUUAGAAGUUUAAUAUAAACUUUGAAAAUAUUAUAGAUGGUUCUUAAAUUGUAGAUUGUAUCGGAGAAGUAAUUCAUUUUACCUAGAUAUAACCCUCUCUUAUAGUUACUUUGAAUAUUUUUAGUAAAGAUUAUAAUAAAAUAUUUGUAGGAUUAAGUAAUGGUUAGGUUUUACUCUACAAUUUUAAAGAUUUAAGCUAAUAGUAUUUUAUGUUUUAAAAUAACAAUUAAAUAAUUAAUACAUCAGUUAUUUCUAUUAUUUUUGAUGAGUCUUAAUAAAAUGAAAUACUUUAUUUUGCAUCUAGUGGUGGUAUGCUCUAAAUUAUAGACUUAUCAAAUAAAAAACCUACUUAAUAAAUAAAUCUUAUUUCUUUGGUAAAUGAAGAUCCCUAAAUUAUUUUAAAAGAGUUCAUUAUUGACUUUACUUAUUCUAGAUAUUUGGGUUCUAUUUAUUUUCCAGAAAGUAAUAUUUUAAAACUUUAUGGGCUGCAUUAGCUUGGAGUGUUUGAAAAUAAUUUAAGUAUAUCUUUAUAUGAUAAUGAUGAGUAAUUUGACUGCUCUAAUAUCAUAAGUGAUAGCGAUAUUUCCCAAUUAAAUAGAAAAAUAUCUAACAUUUCUCCUAAAUAAAAUAUGAUUUACACAACAUUAGGAUCUUCAACUACUUAGAGUAGUGGAGGAGCUUUAUAUUUUGAAAAUAUAGGUUCUACUUAGCUAUAUUUUGAUGGAUAAACAAAAGUAAUAUAAAAUUAAGCUUUAAUUGGAGGUGGAUUGCGAAUAUUUUAGACUAAACCUGGCAAAAGUAUACUACCUUCAGGAUUUCCUUUUGAAAACAAUAUUAAGUAAAAUUAUGCGGAUAUAUUUGGAGAUAAUUGUGCUACUUAUCUUCAAAAAGCAAUAAUAUAAAAUUUUAACCCUUAAGACUCUAAGAAUAAUUACUUAUUUACAUUUCAUCUAGAUGAUAGCAACGUGACUUCAAAUUAUAAAAAAAAUUAUAUUUCUCAAAUUGAUAUAGACUAGUUCCAAAGUGGUGGUUAACUUUCAUUAAAAAUAUUUUUGGUUGAUAGUUUUAACCGUUACUUAUCUUUUUCAUUACAAAAGCUAUUAAGCGAUUAAUAUCCAGAAGAUAUUUCAAAUGAAUUAAAAAGUAUUUAAAUAACAAUAAAUAACUUAAAUACAAAAUAAACAUAACUUAUUGGAGAGAGAAUUUUGAAUUAUAAUCAAUAUGAUAGUGAUUCUUAAUCAUUUACGCUUACUGGAUUAGAAAUUUAAGGAGUUUUAUCAUCUCUAGAAUAUUUCUCAAUAGAGUCUAGUAUAUAAGCAAACUCUUAGAUUUAAUAGCCUAUACUUUUAUCAAUUUCUUUUAGAGAGUGCGAAUUAUGCGAAAUUAUUGAAGAGUAAAAUAAUUAAAUUAUGAGUUGUAGAAUUUGUCAAGAAGGUAAAUAUUCACUUGUUGAUCCAAAUUUUUUAUUUAAAUAAUCACAAAUUGCCUAAUCUAAAAUAUAAAACUAAUGCAAUAACUGUCCAAAUUCGGCUAUAGAAUGUUAAGGCUCUUUUAUUUCACUGAAAAAUGGUUAUUGGAGGUAAAACAACUAAACUGAUGAGAUAGUUGAUUGUGAUCCUUAAAUAGGAUCUUGCCAGGCAGAAAAUCCUUCAUCUAUUAAUUAUUGCACAGAAGGUUAUAUAGGACCAAUAUGCUAAUAAUGUGAUAAUAUAGGGGAAAUUUGGAACGGAAUAAGGUAUUAGCAAUCUACUAAAAGAGGAUAUUGCUAAAAAUGCUAUCAGGAAAGUAUAGUCACUUAUUUUUUAUUCACUACUUUUGUAUUUAUUUCUCAAUUUAAAUAUACAUAAACCUGCUACUAUUUGAGAAAAAUGAAGCUUUUACCUAUUUCUAAAAGUUCCAUAAAUGACUAUUCUGGUUUUUAUAUAAAAAUAAUAAUAAAUUAUUACCAACUUUCUUCUCUAUUGAUUCCAUAGCCUUAAAUUUUACCUGUAAAUUUUAACAUUUUAAAUGAGGUUUUAGGAUAAACAAGUAGAUAACUAAGUUUAGGUAUAGAAUGCAUGGUAAGUGUAGAUAAAAUAAAAAAUUAAUCAAAAAGAAGCAACGAUUAAAUGAAUGUUAAAUAAAGUACUCUUAUGGUUAUUAUUAUGGAGAGCUAAAGACAGACAACACAUAACAUAAACAUAACUGCAUCAAAGUUAAAUUCACUUUAAGGUACUCUAUAAACUGAUAUGAAUGAAAAUGGAUAUUCAGAAAUUUUAAAACUCACAAAUAAAAAAGUACAUCCAUUUUUCCGUAAUCCUGAUAACUAAUUCUCCUUUCAAAAGCAUUAUCAUAGCAAUUUCAAGUAGCUAAGCUAUAGUUAUAAUACAGAUGAAAGCAAUAUUAAUAUAAAGACUGACUUUAUAGUUGAGGAAAAUAAAAAUAAAACAGAUGAAGAAUUAUAAAUAAAAAAUUUGAAAAAUUAUAAUUUCUAUGCAAAAUCAUCAGAAAUAAAUUCUAAAUGA